AAUAUUUGAGUUAUAAAAUUAUUCCUGAACUCAAAAGUUAAAUACAAAUGGAGAUUCUGCUUUUAUUUUGCAAGAACGUUUGCUGAAGAUGACCUUAGAGGAGAGACGCAAAGAAUACGUAAGGGACUAUGUUCCACUGAACACCAUCCCAUCGUGGAAGGAGGAGAUGAAGGGCAAGAGCCAAAAUGAUGAAGAAAAUACUCAGGAAACAUCACAGGUGAAGAAGAAUUUGAGUGACAAAGUUUCUCUGUAUAGAGGUGACAUCACAUUGCUAGAGGUGGAUGCCAUAGUCAAUGCGGCAAAUACCAGUCUUCUUGGAGGAGGAGGUGUGGAUGGAUGUAUUCACAGAGCAGCCGGCCCCUGUUUGCUCGCUGAAUGUCGUAACCUGAAUGGCUGUGAAACCGGACAGGCAAAAAUCACAUGUGGCUAUGACCUGCCUGCAAAAUAUGUCAUCCAUACCGUAGGACCAAUAGCCAGAGGCCAUAUUAAUGGUGCCCACAAGGAAGACCUUGCAAAUUGCUAUAAGUCAUCUCUGAAGCUGGUGAAAGAAAAUAACAUCCAAUCAGUAGCAUUUCCCUGCAUCUCAACAGGCAUUUACGGUUUUCCAAACGAGCCUGCUGCGAUCAUUGCCCUGAGCACCAUUAAGGAAUGGUUGGUGAAGAAUCAGCACGAGGUGGAUCGGAUCAUCUUCUGUGUCUUCCUAGAAGUCGACUUCAAAAUCUACAAAAAGAAAAUGAGCGAGUUUUUCCCUACAGAUGAUAAUGAAGAAGAAGAAGUGGACAUGAAGGAAGAUUCAGAGGGGCUAGAGCCAAAAGACCUCUCUCCACCCCACAAGAAGAGCAAAGCCAAGAAGCCAGAAUGCCCCAAAGACUCUAACGAGGAUGAGAACGGUCCAGAGGAAAAGCAAGGCGUGGACAAGAUGGAAGGGCAGAGCCAAGAAGCAGACGAUGCCAGCACUGCUCCUGUGCCCAGCCCUUCUUCAGUAGAGGCAGCUGAAGUCUGCAAAGAUGAAGAUUCUGCAAAGGAUGACAAUACUACAAAAGACUCUGAAGUAACAGAUCAUUCUGUGUGUAACCAAGAUCAUCCUGAUGGACAAGAGAACGAUUCAACGAAGAGUGAAAUAAAAAUUGAAGCAGAGUCCCAGAGCUCACAUAUGGAAACAGAAGAGCUUUCAUCAAACCAAGAAGACACCACAAUUGUGGAGCAACCACAAGUGAUUCCACUAACAGAUGACCAAGAAGAAAAAGAAGGUGAAAAAGCUGAAGGUGAGGACGCACCAAGAGUUCCUAUGAGCAGCGAAGGCUCUGGCGACACAGAAAACUCUGCAAAUCCUGACGUUGAAAUGAAUAGUCAGGAUGACAGUGUAAAUGACCCAACAGAGAGUCAGCAAGAAGAUUAACUAACAGCAGGGGCACAAGAUGAAGCAAAGGGACACAGAAACAGAAGGAAAUGACAGUCCUCAGCAUUGCAGACCUCUCCCGGCCCGGGGGUGUAGCAAGACAGCCGGGCACACUUGGAGGGUGUGGGGUGGGGGGAGGCGAGUCCCAUGGAAGGAUGGGGAAUUCUUUGCUCUAAUUUCUACAGCUGCAUUUUGUUCUGUUUCCCCACAGAAAAAAGAAAGAAAAAAAGAAAAAAUAUAUGUUUUUUCAUUUGGUGGGGGGACCCGUGUUAACGCAUCUUUCAGGCGCCAGCCCUGUACUUCCUGUCUUUUCCCUCACAACUCUGCCCCAGGGUCGCAGUGGCACGUGUAACACACAUGUGUAUCUGGUUAUUUCACAAAGCUGGUUGGUUCAGUGGUUUCUUCAAAGAACGAGAAGGAAGAUGACUGUUUGAUAAGCUGCAGGCUACAUUUCAGGAAUCAUCAGACCCUACAUAAGUAUAAUCCACAGACAGAGGAGGCAGGCUAGAAAAUGGGCAAAAACCGCAGACAUCACUUGGAAAAAGGACAGGAUGAUGAACUGAAAACGGUAUUUUAUUCAGGAUUCCCAAGGUACAGUUUUGUUCCACGUGGUUAUCACGAGGAAUCGGGAA